UGUAAAAAUGGAACUAUGGCGGUGGGGGAUUCAGUGAUGUGAAUUGUAAUAUAAUGGAAAGUUCAUUAAGUGUCAUUCAUUCUUUUAAAUUCAUUGGUGUUUGCUUUGAUUAGUUUUCAAAAGUUUUUCUUCUGUGUCUAAACUACGUCAUUUUUCUUUUAUCUUCCACAAAAUGGACACUGGUGACGAUGAACUAUAUGAUGCUGAUUCUGGUAACGAAUCAAGUGCUGAAGAUGAAGAUGAACUGUCGAUUUCAUUAGAGCCAGAAUCCUCAUCGAGAGAAAAAUUAGAGACUGAAGAGUUUCAUUACGAAGUUCUGUCUACAGAACAAAUUGUUCAGCACAUGGUGGAUUGUAUACGCGAAGUAAAUACUGUAGUACAGAUUCCUCCUACUAUUACACGAAUUCUUUUGAAUCAUUUCAAGUGGGACAAAGAGAAGCUGUAUGAAAGGUAUUAUGAUGGUGAUCAAGAUGCACUUUUUAAAGAAGCCCACAUAAUUAAUCCAUACAAGAAGCCUUCAAACUCAUCAUCAAAAGAUUCCCGAUUUGCUCCUCGUACAGAAGAAUGUGAAAUAUGCCUAAUGAAUAUUCCACGAAAUAUGAUGACCGGUAUUGCAUGUGGUCAUCGUUUUUGUACAGAAUGUUGGAGAGAGUACCUGACAAGUAAGAUUAUGGAUCAAGGUAUGUGCCAGAUCAUUGCUUGUGCGGCUCAUGGUUGUGACAUACUUGUUGAUGAUCAGACAGUUAUGUCUUUAAUAACUGAUCCAAAAGUGAAGUUAAAAUAUCAACAUCUCAUCACAAAUAGUUUUGUAGAGUGUAAUAGACUCCUGCGAUGGUGUCCACAGCCGGAAUGCAAUUAUGUUAUUGCUGUACAAUAUGUUGAUGCUCAGCCAGUUACUUGUCGUUGUCGUCACACAUUUUGCUUUGCAUGUGGAGAAAACUGGCACGAUCCAGUCAAAUGCAAUUUAUUAAGAAAAUGGCAGAAGAAAUGUGAUGAUGAUAGUGAAACUUCCAAUUGGAUUGCUGCUAAUACGAAGGAAUGUCCAAAGUGCAAUGCCACCAUUGAAAAGGAUGGAGGAUGCAAUCAUAUGGUUUGUAAGAACCAGAACUGCAAAUCAGACUUCUGCUGGGUAUGCUUAGGCCCUUGGGAGCCACAUGGAUCAUCAUGGUACAAUUGCAAUCGAUAUGAUGAAAGAGAAGCCAAAUCGGCACGAGAUGCCCAGGAGAAGUCUCGAGCAGCAUUGCAGAGAUACCUAUUUUAUUGUAAUCGUUACCUGAAUCACAUGCAGAGCUUGAAAUUUGAGCACAAGCUGUAUGCUUCAGUGAAGGAUAAAAUGGAGGAAAUGCAGCAACAAAAUAUGUCAUGGAUUGAAGUUCAGUUCUUAAAAAUUGCAGUGGAUAUUUUGUGUCAGUGUCGGCAAACUUUGAUGUACACUUAUGUCUUCGCAUACUACCUUAAAAGAAACAAUCAAUCUGCUAUUUUUGAGCACAAUCAGAGAGAUCUAGAGAGUGCAACAGAGACAUUGUCUGAAUAUCUAGAACGUGAUAUCACACAGGAGAACCUCCUAGAUAUCAAGCAAAAGGUUCAAGAUAAGUAUAGGUAUUGUGAAAGUCGGUGCAAAGCCUUGCUUGAACAUGUCCAUGAAGGUUAUGAGAAAGAUUGGUGGGAGUACAUUGACUGAGAUUUGAGUCCAAACUCUUCAAAAUUCCUGAAAACUCAAGUUAUGGGAUGAAAUUGAUGAAUGACUCACCGAGACCCCCACGUCCAAAAAAUUUUUUCUGUAGGAUUAUAUUACUGCCACGGACAAUAAACUUAAAACUGUAUAUUUGUGUAUGUGUGCUGAAAUAUGAAGGAUAAGCCAUGUAUCAGAAUAAAUUUUUAACUAGUGAGUAUCAUUUUCAGCCAUGUUGGGAGAAAAAUUAGAGGCCUCUUAUUUUGGCUUCAUUAAGAUUGUUGAAAUAGUUAUAAAUAAUUUUUAUAAUACUUAUGUAUGAAUGUUAUGAACUCCAAGAGAAAAUGGUUCAAGCCAUAUUUUUCUUAAUCCUUUCUAAUGUUCAUUGAGAUAAUGACUAAUCCAUUUUUUUCUUACAGUAAGGGGCCAUUUUGUUGCAAUAUAUGAUUUGGUAAAAUAUAUUAUGGUUCUUUUAAAUUUUGUAUCAUUUAUUUAUUUUCUUUGCUCAUAAUUUUUCAUCCUGGUAAUAAAACAUACAACUUUGAGUUAAUAAGCAUGCAUUAAAUUUAGAAUGCCUUUAUGUUUUUAUAAACUGGACGUCUGGUUUUGGUGCAUAUGGUAUAUGCCUUGAAGUUAAGGCUAUUUUUUCCUGGCACUGUUAUUUGGUGUUUUGCCAUUGAGGGUGGCAAAUAUGAAUUAAGAUCUUUAACUUUCCCAGUUUUCUUCAGUGAAUUUUUCCAUGUGUAUAAAGCAUGUUAGUAGUGCUCAGUCAUUUGCAAUGACUUGUUUAAUGGCUUGUUAUUGAAAAAAAAAUGUAAGCUGUGAUUAUAAAUGUUUCAUUUUUUAUGGCAUGGAACCUUUCCCCAAUUUCAUUUUGAAAUGUAUUUUUAAUUUUAAUGCUUAAGUGAGCGAGGUGCUAGGUACUCAUGAAGUGGUGUCAGCUGAAGAGAUAUAUGAGUAAAUUAGUAUGGAAACAUCCUCUAUUGUUCCAUGUGUAUGUACCUAACAAGUGAAAAAUAAUAGAUGUAGAAUUUUAAUUAUAUGAAGACAACUGUGUUGUGGAAUGUGCUGACAACCAAAGGCCUGGUGAAGACUCCAACGAACCAUCUUGUUCUGGAGUGUACAAAAGUUGUAACUAAAGCUGACUAUAAUAAAAACUAAUCUAAAAAUAAAGCUUUUAUUUACAAAGUAUUUGUUUUAUUUUUUAAUCAGAAUGCAGAUUUUUAAAUGUAAAUAUUUUUCCAUCAGUACAAAUUUUUUUUUUUUUUUUUUUUGGAUGAAAAUAUAUGAAUUUUAAUGCUUCUUAAAUGAUCAUUCAUCUACUGUCAAUUGUUAUAAUGAAUCAUCUUCUGAGUUUUGCAUUCCUUUAUUUAGCUUCCUAUUGUUUUCUCUCACUGUCGCAUCUUUAUAUAUAUACGUAAUUUGAAAUUCUGCAUUAUGAAAGAGCAAUCAGCACAACCUGUAUUGUGAAUAUUUGUGGCAUUCCUUUCAAAUAAGAAAUUUUAUUUUCAGUUUUAUUACAAUUGCCUUUUAUAUCUAAAUGAGCUAACAUUAAAUUUCAAAAGUUCAAAUAUCUUGUAAUCAAACAAUAAUUUCACAUUUUCUCGAAUUUCAUUUAUUUUAUUUUAAAAAAGCAUUUUUCAAAUACUAGUUGAAAUGCAGUAAAUGGAAAAUGAGUGAUGUAUGCUAGUCACCUGAUUGUAUUGCUACAUGAAGAUGAUUUUUAUUUUCUGUCUUUUAAUAAUACAGUAAUAUAAUAUAAUAAUAUAGUCAUCAAAUGUGUAUAUAUAUAUUAUAUAUUAAGAGGAAAGCAAAAGUAAAAAUGCAAUACAUAACUGACUUUAAAAUUUACUUAAAGCUGCAGUAAUAUAAAUUAGUUAAUACAGAUUUAGAUUUAUUUAUUUAAGUUUAAAAAUAGUAUUAAAUAAUAUGGACUUCCCUUACCUAAGCUACUUUGACAACUAUUACUAUGCAUAAACAGAAAAAUAAAAAUAAUGAAAAUGUGAGGAAAAUUAAAAUACACAACAAAAUGGAAAAACUGAAGGCAAAAUGGAAUAUUUACAUCAGAUUGUAAAGGUGUGUGGAUGCUGAAGUAACAUCAUUAUUGCAUAGUAAUAAAUAAAAAAUUAACAUAUUUCCUUAAUUUAAAAAGUAGAAGGAAAAGCAGUGUGAAAAUGAAAAUGUAUGUUUCAUUGGGGAGAGGUUUAUGCAAUUCCAUUAGCUGCAUUUCUGACAUUACCAGUUUACUCGUGAAAAAAAUCAAGACAUUUUGAAAUUCUAAGUUAAAAAGGCAAAAAACUGUGAAUAAACUGGUGACUCCAUCCUUAUGCAUCUCUAGAGUGCUUGCAAAAAAAUUAAAAUUCAUUAAAUAAAUAAUAAUAAGCAUUAACAGUGUUAUUGCUGUACAAGGGAUCACAUAAAAUUGUAAGUUUGUAAUUUAAAUUUCAUUCCUGUAUUGUAACUAUUCUCGCAAAAUACUCUAUUUAAGAAAACUUUUUUGUUGGACAUAUUUACCAUAUGAAGUUUAGAAAAUAAAACCUGUAUAACUAUUUUUCUUGAACACCAUAUUUAGAUAAUUAUAUCAUACUUCCAUUUGUGUUACUUGAUUCCUUGUGAGUUGUUCUCGCAAAAUACUCUAUUUAAGAAAACUUUUUUGUUGGACAUAUUUACCAUAUGAAGUUUAGAAAAUAAAACCUGUAUAACUAUUUUUCUUGAACACCAUAUUUAGAUAAUUUAUAUCAUACUUCCAUUUGUGUUACUUGAUUCCUUGUGAGUUGAGGUUCUUGCAAACACUUUUGCUUUCAUUUCAAGAAAUAGAGGGGGAAGGUUUCUUGUUGUAGAAUUGUAUAAAAUGAAGAUUAAAUAAUACAUUUACAAAGAAAGCUAUGACUUGUAAAGUGUUCUUUUAAGUAUUAAAGCAGACUUUUCAAUGAUAUCUGUUAUGAAACUUACUGAAAAGAUCAAGCAUGUAAAAAAAAAAUAAUUGCACAGUAUGUCAUUUUGUAAUCACCUCUAAUGUGUAUAAAGUGGUGUAUGGGCAUGAUUCAUUGUUUGUUCAUUAUUUUGGAUAUUAUAUUUACUGUUACUAACUUCAUUCGUUAUUUUGGAUUGGUAAACAAUUUUGAAUCAUAAGAUCAUUCUACAAUAAAGCACAUUUCAAGCAGG